AUGGAGCUAGUACGCCUCAGCGACGAAGGCAUAAAAUUGGCUAAGAUUGGAAAAUUGCGCGAGGCCGAAAAGAUUUUUCGCGAUGUACUGACACGAAAGCCUGCUGCAGGUUUUGACGACGUCUCCCUGGCACUGACACAACAUGAAUUGGGCGGAGUCCUGCGCCAGUUUGGUGAUUUAGAUGCGGUGUUGGAAUUACUUACGAAGUCACUUGCGGUACGUGAUCGCGCGGAUGACAAAGCGUGUAUCUCUAUUGCGCUACGAGAUAGCAACAUCACGCGCGAAGAGAUUGCCAAGGUAUACGAGGCUAAGGGCGAUUACAUUAAAGCGCUACAGAUGCGGCAGCCAGACAAACGCAUUUGCGGUAACGAAGUUUGCGAGACAAUUGACUAUAGUGACGAUGAACUGGUUGCCUGCAGCCGGUGUAAGUGUGUAUUUUAUUGCAGCAAGACGUGUCAGCGCCAGGACUGGAAAAGUCGUCACAAGUCGUUCUGCUAA